AUGACUAUCCUAUUUUACUUCGUCUAUUUGUCUAAAUAGUACUUCUAUAAUGAGAUUGCUCCUAAAUUUAGAUAACAAAGUUUCAUUAGUGAAUAAGUAGACAUACCUCUUCAAGAAGAAUUAUUCGCAUUUAGAUAUGAAUAUAACACAAAUCAAAAUAUUGAAGAUUUAGAAGCUUAAAAUAAUAAGACUUACAUAAUGAACUAUGCUUUAUUAAACUAUCAAAAUGGUUCGCAUACAAAUUUAACAAGACUCUAAAUAGUUAAAUGUUCUCAUCCAGAUCUCUAAGGAUAUAAUUGCAUUGACUAUUCAAAUCUCUAAAAUAGUACUAUCUCUUUCAACUAAAAGUAAAACAUCCUCUCUCAGGUUAUUUUAUUAGUUUAUGGCUGUUACUAAAAAAGCAGUUUUAAAUAGGAUGUCCCAAGUAAUUGUGCAAAUCAGUCAGAUGUAUUAAAUAUUAUCAAUGGCUCAAGAGCAGGACUUAGAUUAAAAUUCUUAACUUCUUAAUUCAACACCACUACAUAGAAAGAGUAAACAAGCUUUAAGAAUUAAUUUAUUUUUUUUAGAGGAGGUUUACUAAAUAUAAAUACAGUCAGUGUAUAGAGUCAAGUUACAACAGUAAGUAAAGGACUUUUGGUCCAGACAGAAAAUGUUUUUUCUUCGCCAAUUUCUUAUGGAUUUUAAAGUUAAUCAUUUGAUAGUAGUAGUAGCUUGUAGUAAUCACCAUAUUGUGAGGUUGCUAUAUAGCCAGAUGAAAUUGUUUACAGUAUUUAAAUUAAUUAUCCAAUUUUCCCUGAAGUUUUAGCUCUUGUUAAUAGCACAUUUGCUUUGCUAAUGACAUUAGGAUUUUUUGCUAGAAUGGUAUCUUAGAGAUUUAUCAAGUAAAAUUUCUUAAUGUUGUUUUUUUAGAAUAUGUACCAAGAUUCUCUAGAAUAAUUACUUAUUUAGAACAAAUUACUUGAAGAAAACUAAGUAGUCUUCUUAGAAAAAAAAAUGAAAGAAUAUGAAGUUGCAGAAGAAAAUGUAGGAUCUAAAUCAAUCAACUUUGAGGAAUAAUAACGAUCAGUUAUGGAUAAAUCAAAACAAAAUAACUAAUUAAAUACUCUUUACUCAUCUAAACCUUUAUAAACAGAAGAUAUUUACUUUUAAACAUAAAAUGACGAAAUUAAAGAAGAAAAAUAUGAUAUUUAUAAAUCCAUACCUAGCCACUCACCAACAUAACUUGAGAAUGUGAUUGGUAAAGGCUUAAACUCUAUCUCAUAAAUGUAAAAGAACUUAUCAGAGAUUUCUUAAACUGUUUUGAAAGAUGUUUCAAAAAUUAAUAAUCGUAGGAGGACACUUUCUUAUAGAGACAAAGCUUCAAAUAAAAUCGAAUUAACUAUUGGAAUUAAAGAAAAAAUAAAGCAAAAUAAUGAAAAUUCUAAAUUACCUGAGUUAAAAGAUUACAAUCUUUCUUCAAGCCAAGCACAGCAGUAUUUGAAAACAGAAGAUUUUUAUUCAAAAAAACUGAGACUAACUACAGAUAACUAAAUUAUGCUAAAAGCGUAAAAAAUUUUCUUAGAAGAUAAAUCUUGGAAUACCGCUAAAACUGACAAAAUCUCUAAAUAACUUGGAAAGCAAACUAAAAAAGCGAUAGAAGAACAAUUAAAUAAAAAUUUAGAUAUUUUAGAAUUGUAUAAAGAUAUAAUAUUUUUAAAAAAAGCGGCUUUGAUUCUGUUAAGUAAAGAACAACUUGCAGCAUUAAAGCUUAUAGGCUGCUCUACUUUCUAUUUGAAUAAUAUAAGCAAUAAAGAAGAUAAAAAUUCUUCUAAAGAAAACAAGAUAAGCUAUUUUGAAAAGCAGCUUGAUAUUUUGUCUUAAGAGAGUCUCCAAUCAAAAUAUAUUUAAAAAUUCCUAACUAAGUGCUAGAAAAGUGAAAAUUUAGAGGAUGUAGAUUAUAGAAUUAUUUCUUCUAUACUUAGAUCAAAUUGA